AUGAGUAGCACCAUCAAACAGGAGUUGGAUUACGGCAGCAGGAGUAUGUCGAGAGCACCUUCGAACCAUAGCCCUAGCUCUUCGCAGGGCGGCAUGAUGGACUCGCUCGCUGUCGACACCUUCAUCGACAUGAAUGCCUUCAACGAUGGCAUGUCAUACCAAUCGCCCUCGCUUUCGCCCGCCGCCACUACUAAGGCAUCCUUCUCGAGGCCGACUCCGACCACAACCACUCCCAUCUCGAUGAUGUCGACCAGCCAGCCCCUUACUGGGCCUAGCCACGACUAUGACAUGUACAAGCAACAGACGGGAAUCGUCCCCGGGGCUUUGGCAAACACCUUGGCUGUGAACGAGAACAACGCCCAGGUUGCAGGCGGGUACAACCCGUUUAACAUUGACGAGUACUUUGGCAUGGCAAUGGGAAACACAGAAUCCUCAUUCGACUUCAACACCAGCCCAUCGCUCCACACCGAUAUGGAAAUGGAGUUUGACCCAUCUGCUGAUAACGGAUUCCUUUUCGGCACGACCGUUAAUCCCAGCGCCAUUGGAGGCCAGGAGCCCAACAGCGUCCCUUCUCCUUCGGUCCUUUCAUCUACAACCAGCAACGUCGGCCGGGUGUGGCCUGGAAUGCACCAACAACAGGCCGCCAUCGCCAAGGCUCAGUCUCAACAAAGGCAACAACAAGAAGCCCAGAUGUUGCACCAGAGGCAACAGUCUCAAAGCCAGCCGCCCAAGCACCAGCGCUCCAAGUCUGGUCAGCCCUCAGAUCCUCUCGUUGAGCAGAAGAUCUCUCAACUCUUGCAGUCUAUGCGGGCCAAGCCCGAUGGCCAGGACAGCCAAGAGCAGAGCCCUGUUUUGCAACAUCCUCGCUCCAAGAAGGAGGAAGAGGACAUGGAUGAGGACGAGAGGCUUUUGGCCAGCGAGGAGGGCAAGAAGUUGACCAGCAAAGAGCGCCGUCAAUUGAGAAACAAGGUCUCGGCUCGUGCCUUCCGAUCACGGAGAAAGGAAUACAUCACCCAACUGGAGUCAGAGAUCGCCAACAAAGUCACCGAGAACGGUGACCUGAGGUCGCAGAACCGCGCCCUCAUGGAGGAGAACAAGCGUCUGCAAGACUUGACGCGCAUGCUUCUGUCUUCACCAUCAUUCUCUGACUUCUUGGAUCGCCUCAGCACCAACCCUGCAUCUGUUCCCCAGGCAUCAGCGCCGGCGCCCCAAGCUGAGCAAAGGCAGGAGGCCCGCCAGCUACCCAAGGACGUUAACCCUUAUGCGGCACAGCAACAGCGUCAGCAAAUCGGCAUGGCCAUGAUUCCUGAGCAAAACAUGGAUUUCUCUAUGUUGACACUUGACACCGACACCUCGGGCUUCAACUUCCAGCCUCAAGUAUAUGCCGUGCUCGAGACUCCCGAGAUCAUUCUGCCACCUUCUGUUGACACUGCUGCCCUGUCGGGCAAGGAGUCCAACUUUAUUGGCCAGCAUUUCGACUCGGAGGACGAUAAGGUCGAAGUCUCUCCCAUCAUUCGCCACGAGCUGACUGAGGAAGAUAAGGUUGAGGCACCUGCCACACCCAUUAUCGUCGAUCACGAGUUUGAUGACGACCCAAUGUUUGCUCUUUACAAUGACUCGCCCAACUCAUCUGAAUCUGCCGAGCCUCUGGACACGAAUUUGGACGAGCUGGUAGAGGUCGACAUAUUUGGAGGCAUCGAGACAGACAAGGCUUUGGCUAGAUACGAGCUCGUCGAUGCUGCUGAUGAGGAAAAGCAGGCUGUCCUCGCAGAAUUGAGAUACGCUCGUCUGACCGCCAGGUUAGAUGCCAUGAUGGAGGAGCUGGAGUCUUUGAAUUUCAUGUCUUAG